GAAUAAUUAAAUAAAAUGAAGUGUAUUGCUAUACUUUGUAGUUUUAUGACUUUAUGGGCCAGUGCAUAUUCAAUGAGCUGCGUGACACCCCUUGGUCGUCAGAGCCAGUGCGUGUCAAUAUACGAUUGUAGAGACCUUCUUACUGCGUUCGAACAAAGGCCGCUUAAGAGUAACACAGUCAGUUUCCUACGUCAGUCACAAUGUGGCUUCGAGGGAUAUGUACCGAGAGUGUGCUGUGGUCCCAUGCCAUCACAAUCGCAGGAGAGACCUACGACAAGACGACCUGUUCUAAGACCAACUAGACCAACAACAGGAGAAGACCCAAUAUCUGAAGAAGACUCUUAUCCGUCGCCACGGAACGAGUGUGGCAUAGAUACCAAUGGUGAUCGUCUUUACGGCGGACAGUUCACAGACCUGGACGAAUUUCCAUGGAUGGCAUUGUUAGGAUACCAACCACCUAAUAAUGCGCCACUGACUUAUCAAUGUGGAGGUGUGUUGAUCAACCAUCGUUACGUCCUCACGGCUGCACAUUGCGUUGUUGGAGAAAUUGAAACCGUUGUUGGAAAACUAGCCUCCGCUCGGCUGGGUGAAUACGACAUUCAAUCGGAAGUAGACUGCCUCUCCGACACCUGCGCUGAUCCCGUACAAGAGAUACCUGUGCAUUCAGCAUAUCCAAACCCUGGUUUCUCUGAUAGAAACAAGAACAGAAAAGACGAUAUCGCUCUUGUACGACUCGCUAAAAGAGUGAAGUACUCAUAUUACGUGCAGCCUAUCUGUUUGGUUGACAACAGUCUUCGCUUGGGUGUCGGAAAUGAUGUAUUUGUGGCCGGUUGGGGAAAAACCGAGUCCGGAAAGAGUAGCCCAGUAAAACUAAAGCUUAGUAUGCCAAUAUACAGCAAAUCCGAAUGCGUUUCUAAGUAUAGAUCUCUUGGUGCCGACUUGACUGAUGGCCAGCUUUGUGCGGGAGGAAUCUUUGCUCAGGAUGCUUGUAGGGGAGAUUCUGGCGGUCCUUUGAUGAGAAGAAUACCUUCUGGAAUUUGGGAAACUGUGGCCGUGGUCUCCUUCGGCUAUGGAUGUGGAAGAGAGGGUUGGCCGGGCGUGUACACUUCGGUAUCUAGCUACACUGACUGGAUUAAAAAUACAAUGCGCUCAACUAAUAUAUAACCAUCUUUAAAUUUAAUAAAACUUAGUGUAAACGAAGUCGUUGUCAUAAAAAUUAUAAUAUACGCUUAUGUGCGUGCCUGAUUAGAUUUUAUACGAGCUGUCCGACUGUUUGUUUCUUUGCAAUGACUUUUAAAAUUGUAUUACUGUCUUUAAAAGAAAAUAAUAAAUGAAUUAAAAUUUCAA